AUGCCGACGGAGCUGGAGGAGCUCGUGAGCUUUAUCGGCCACGAAAACCCACAAAUAAGACUGCUUGCUACCGAGAACCUCGUGGCUUACUCAACGUCACAGCCUUCCAUCUUCAAAGUCAACAACCUCGAGCCGAUUAGCGAGCUGAAGAUUCUGGUGGCAGAUCACCCCAAAAUCGCAGAACAUGCGCUCACAAUCCUCAUCAACCUGACGGGCGAUGCCGACAUUUUAGCAGAUGUGGCUUCAGACGACAAGUUCCUGGAGUUGUUGUUCUUCUUGCUAAUAAACAAAGAAGAGGCCAAUGCCAACCUAUUGGCAAUGCUGCUGGCCAAUCUGGCCAAGUGGGACGGCCUCAAGUCCAUCCUCGACCGAAAACAGGACGCGCCAGAGGGCCUCGGCUCCGACGACCGUGUCAUCAACCAGGUCAUGGACCUUUUUGUCAAGGGCGCCGACGGCAGCUACAACAAGCACGCCGACUACGAUUACUUGGCCUACUUCUUCGCUGACCUCGCCAAACACGCCGAGAUCCGCCAAUACUUUGUCAAGCGCCAGCCCUACGACGACGUGAUUCCCUUAACAAAGAUCCGCGUCUUUACCGAGCACAAGUCAGACGUGCGCCGCAAGGGCGUUGCCAGCACGAUCAAGAACGUCGCCUUUGACAUUCCCUCGCACCCGGCCAUGUUGGACGAGGACGACAUCAACAUCCUGCCGUACCUCUUGCUGCCCCUCGCCGGCAACGAGAGCUACGAUGAGGACGAGAUGCUCGACAUGCUGCCGGACCUGCAGCUGCUGCCACCUGACAAGCAGCGCGAUCCAGACGCUACCAUCUUGCAGACGCACGUCGAGACCUUGACGAUCUUGACGACGACGCGACCCGGUCGCGAGAUGAUGCGUGCCGUCAAAGUGUACCCGUUGAUCCGCGAGACACAUUUACGCGUAGACAAUGAGGAUUUGCGUGACGCAUGCGACCGGCUGGUGCAAGUGCUGGCACGGGACGAGGCGCCUGACGAAAAGGAUGACGCCGCAAGUCCCAAGGCGCGCAUCACAGAGGUUGAAGACGAGGACGAGGACGAGCGAAUAGUCGAGGUAUAG